AUGGGACCUCGUAUGGUAGUUCAUGGUGGUAAAGGUACGUACUGUGUGGGAGCUGUGAACUCUGGACAGCUCACAUUGACGCCAUUAGCCUCGUUCUGUCAAUUGCGACCAGACUUCACGCAUGUUGAUAAGGAUCGGCAGGAGAGGCAGGCGAUGGCUGCUAAGAUACGGGGGAAACAGUCUGCUGCUGCUGAGAAUGAUGACGAGAGAUCGAUGACGGAACCUGUGAAAGCGAGUACUAAGAAGUCUCAAGUGAUAUCAGCUAGCACGAGUUUGGCUAGAGGAGCUACCUCAAUGGGAGCUAAGCAGCGUUAUCAGCAAUCUCUAUUGGGAGCUCUAAGACAGGCUGCGGAUAUUUACGAGAGGCAAUUCCUGACGCCUGUGGUGAGUGAGAAUGCCAAGCAGUGGGAGGACUUGGAUGCGAGGGCUAAGAGGGAGAGGAGGACAAUGGAGUUGCGAUUCCAUGUUAAGGAUCAGGACUCGUACCUGACCUCGCUGUGUGGUAAUGUUGUUGGUGUUAAGGAUGAGUGGGGAGAUCUUGGGAGGCUGGAUGCUAACCAGCAAUUGGAAACUAUUAUGAAGAAGCUGUCGGUGGCGAACUAUUCGAAGCAAAUUACUAACCUAUUGCCGGUGAAUACCCGUCAUAAUAUGACCGAUAAUGCUAUUAUAUCGCAUUUGGAGAACUGUUCAGUGCUGGUUCGAGGAGUAUGGGUGCUGAGCUCACGGCUCACUAAUCAUGCACCGAAGUAUCACGACCUGAGGGAUCUAGUAUUGCUAUUGUUGGGUACUAAGCGACCGUUUGGUGUGGAACAUUUGAAAGCAGCAACAGGCUUCACUGAUAUGGAGAUAGCAGAGGUAUUAAAACCAAUAUGUGUGUUCAACUCCUCGACGAGGUCGUUGCAAUUGAGGAUACCAUACGACGAGGAGUUUAAUAAGGACUUUCCGGAGGUGGCACAACGGCAGCAUGAUCAGGCCGAGGCUAGGUUGAUGGAGCUGAGGACUAAGUGGAAGAAGGAGAAGGAGAUGCAGCAGUCUGCCGAUACUCUUAAACUGACGAGUAAUGCUGUUAACAGGGUGAAGGAGAGGAUUGGGAAAGCGGUGGCAAGCGUGACGGAGAUAAGGAAAUUACUACAGACAUUAUACCCGCAAGAUAUCAUCACUGAUGCCAACGCUAUAGAGGCGAUGAAGCAGGCGGGUGGUAUGAAGUUGCGGGAUAAAUGGAUUCUCACUUCUACUGGUCAUAAGGAGAUCGACACCUAUCGUUCAGUAUUAUUGGCUAUUUACAGAGUGAAGGACAGCGCUACUAAGAAGGAGAUAACGGACGAGUUCGAGCGAGUGUCGGGCAAGAAAUUGGGUAUGACGAUGAAGAUCGCCGUCCUCGGACCGCGACGCUCUGGGAAGACGACCAUCGCGAAUAUUCUUGGAGAAGUGCCCAUCAUCCAUUUGGAGGGCGCAGAGGGCGAGGUCAACUCCGCCCCAACGUGCGGGGUUAGGAUCUUGGAUAUUGAAACGGAUGAGGGGGGUGAGGUGAAAGUGGAUACUGAAAGGGAUGCAGGCUAUAGAAGCGGUCGUCGUCCUCCUCUGGCAGUUGCUGUUGAACUUUGGGACGUUUCGGGAGAUGUUGGGGACUUCGAUGCCUGUUACCGCACUGCUGCAGCUACGGUAAAUCCGACACUCCCUUUGAAGGCGUUGGAUUCUCCUAUUCCGAGCAUUCCGUCCCCUGUGGCUCCCCAUACUAUGGUUCUUGAAGGUGGGUCGAGCGUCCCUACUGAACAGCUCUUGACUUCGGACGAAGAGCUGCUACCACCAUCGGCUCCAUCAUGCAGAAUGGUUCGAGUUAAACUCACGAAGACGAUACCAGGCGACAAGUUCGGCUUUGUGAAUCAAGCACCGUUACUUGGGGCAGCAGUGACGGGAGGCCCGACUUGCCUCGAGAUUGUCACUAUUGUGGAAGGGCAGCUGUUGGACAAAUGGAAUAAGAGCCAGGCUGGGGAGAGUAGAGUGACGGAAGGGUCAUACAUUACUAUGGUGAAUGGUGUUAAGCUGGACUUGAAGGAGAUGAGGGAAGCGCUGAAGACAGACAGUGUCGACAUGGAAGUGUACGUGCCCAUUCAAACCUGA